AUGAUGGUCGGGCCAACGAUACAGGACGAAUUAUUUUGUAUCAUCUUACGUCUUCGGCAGCACAAAUAUGUGAUGUCAGCCGACAUCACUAAGAUGUACAGGCAAAUCUGGAUGCACGAGUCACAACGCGACCUUCAAAGAAUUUUAUGGAGAUGGACACCCGAUGAGCCUCUACGUACAUUCCGAUUAAAUACGAUUACCUAUGGUACGUCCAGCGCUCCUUUUUUAGCAACGAGAUGCCUGACAGAGAUCGCGCAACUACACCAUAGCAAACAUCCUGCAGCGGCAGAAAUCAUCAGGCGAGAUUUCUACGUCGACGAUUUGUUGACGGGUAAGGACGAGAUAGGUGAACUUGUCAAGCUACAAAGGGACAUCAUCCAAAUAUUAAAGACUGCCCAAUUUGAGCUGAGGAAAUGGAGGUCAAAUGCACCAGAGCUCUGUACAACGGAAAUAGAUAAGGAGUCUACAGUACCAAUAGGGGAGGAAGUCAAGACCCUUGGCUUACCGUGGAACACUACAUCAGAUAGUCUUACAUACAAGGCUUGUACAAAUAGCAGCAAUAAAAGGAUCACAAAGCGGAGCAUGCUGUCCGAUAUAGCUCAGCUAUAUGACCCGCUUGGAUUGUUGGGUCCAGUGAUCGUGCAAGCAAAAAUAAUGUUGCAAGAAUUGUGGCAACUCAAGCUGGGCUGGGAUGAGUCCAUGCCUAUGCAGUCUCAUUCAAGUUGGAAAAAAUGGCGCCAGCACAUUGAAUGCGUCAACCACAUCUCCAUUGCAAGGCAAGUGAUCUGCGAUAAACCAACAUUCAUAGAACUACACGGCUUUUGCGACGCGUCGGAGAAGGCAUACGGCGCGUGUGUGUAUAUCUGCAGUAUAAAUGCGAAGCAAGAACGCACAAUUAAAUUAGUAUGCGCCAAAUCGCGAGUUGCACCACUCAAAAGGAUAUCGAUGCCACGUCUAGAGCUUUGUGGAGUGCUCCUGUUAGCCCAACUCUGUGGCAAGAUAAAAGACGCCAUGAUAAUCCCUAUAAAGGACACGCACCAUUGGAGUGACUCUACUAUUACGUUGGCGUGGAUUGCAGGUGAACCUCAUCAGUGGCACACAUUUGUCGCAAAUAGAAUAUCGGAAAUACACCGGCUAACGGACAAGCACAAAUGGCACCAUGUGCGAUCAGAUCAGAACCCAGCUGAUCUGUUGUCGCGAGGUGUUAACGCGGAGGACUUAAAAGGAAAACAAUUAUGGUGGGAAGGACCAUCAUUCUUGCAACAGCAGAGCGGUUUUAAUUCACACACGCCUCCCGAUCUGAAGGAUAUACCAGAACGCAAAGGAACUAAUCCGUGUCUAGCCGCUAUGGAAUCAGAAGGGCCGGACACCACUCUCAUCCAGAGGUUUUCAUCGUUCACACGUUUAAAAAGAGUCGUCGCGUAUUGCUUGCGGUUUGCAGCCAAUGCACGACUCAAGGGAUCUCGCCUAUACCUUAAACGAAGCGGAGUUCUAUCUGUGCAGGAGCUAGAGGAUAGCACUGUAGUCAUAAUAAAACAAGUUCAGAGCGUGGAGUUUGCCGACGAGUUGAGAUCUCUGCAAUCUAAUUCACCGGUCAAUCAUAAAAGUGAACUACGUAAUUUACAUCCGUUCCUAGAUUCGAAAGGGCAAAUCAGAGUGGAGGGGAGACUUAGUCACACUCAGCUACCAUACUCUCAAAAACAUCCGAUUGUGCUUCCGGGGAAGCAUCAUAUCACCGAGUUGCUCGUAAGACAUGAACAUUAUCGAAACUUACAUGCGGGACAGCAAGCGGUGUUGCCUGCUAUUCGUACACGAUAUUGGCCUUUGUCUGGAAGAAUAGCGAUUCGGAGAGUCUUGAGAAGAUGCAUAGUGUGUUUUCGAGCACAACCAGUUUGUAUAAAGCAGUUAAUGGGCGACUUACCUCGUCAUCGAGUUAUUCAAGCCAGACCAUUCCUCAACACGGGGCUUGAUUAUGCCAAGCCGUUUUCGGUAAAGCUGUCUAGAAAUAAAACCUCAAAGGCAUACGUAUGUCUAUUCGUAUGUUUUGCCGUUAAAGCUGUACACUUGGAAUUAGUGAAUGACUUGAGCACUACAUGUUUCCUUAACGCUCUUAAACGCUUUGUCGCAAGACGUGGACGUUGCAUCAAUUUAUACUCUGACAAUGGUACCAACUUUGUGGGGGCCAACAAUGCACUUAAAGAGGUAAAGGAGAUUCUGACAAAAGAAGCCACUCAAGAUCAAAUAAAAACUUUUUUAGCCGAGCAAUCAAUUGCUUGGCAUUUUAUUCCUGCAUACUCCCCACACAUGGGAAGCCUCUGGGAGGCUGCAAUAAAAUCAGCAAAGACACACAUGCGCAAGGUGAUUGGUUCGAUGACACUGACCUUAGAAGAAUUAUAUACAGUAUUGACACAGAUAGAAGCGUGCAUGAAUUCGCGUCCGCUGACGCUUAUUUCACAAGAUCCCAAUGAUCUAAUCGCACUAACGACCGGGCACUUCCUGAUCGGGGAACCACUCACGGCGAUUCCGGAGUGCGAAGUGUCCGACGUUCCUAGUAAUAGACUCAAUCGGUACGAAUAUUUAAUACAACUCAAGCAACAUUUUUGGAAAAGGUGGUCGCAGGAGUAUAUUGCACAACUUCAGCCACGUACUAAAUGGCAAAUAGCCAAAGAAAACAAUAUCCGUAUUGGUACCAUGGUACUUUUAAAGAAUGAAAAUACUCCUUUGAUGACUUGGCUGAUGGGUCGUAUUCUUGAGUCACACCCAGACAAGAAAGGUUUGAUUCGAGUGGUAACCAUUCGCACUAAAAAUGGCACGUGCCAAAGAGCUAUAUCAAAAAUAUGUUUGUUACCUGUUGAUAGUAUGCCGUUAACAGAUGCAUAA